AUGCCACUGCAGUCACCCAGCUACGACCCCCUGGCCACCGAGGGCCCAGAGGAGAAGGACUGGGAAGGGGACCAAGAGAAAUUGGCCAAGAUUCAUUUCAAGAUUUUAAAAGGCCAUACCGAUGCUGUGACCUCCUGUCAUUUUUGUUUCGACGAUGCCAAAAUUAUUUCAGGCUCUUUUGAUACCACAGUGAAACUAUGGGAUACUGCCUCCUCUAUUUGCAUCCACACCUUUAAAGAUCAGCAUACUGGACCGGUUUCGGAAUGUUGCCUGACUCCUGAUAACCGAAGGUUGAUAACAGCAUCCUAUGAUAAAACCCUGAAGGCCUGGGACGCCGAAACAGGAAAAAUGCUCUGGUCACUGAGUCAGGAUGGCCUGGUAACUACAUGCCAUAUUUCUCAUGAUGGCAAGUACGUUGUCUCUGGCUCGGAUUUGGAGAACGCGUUAUUCGUCUGCAAUGUUGAAGAUGGUGAAGAGGUGGCAUUCAUCCGAGAUUAUCACAGAAGUACAAUUCAAAGUUGCCGCUUUGAUCCUGUCAACCAGAGAAUAGCUACGGUGUCCUCUGACAUGUCUAUAAAAUUCUGGGAUAUCAUCGCAAGGGCUAUCACAGUCACCAUUGAAGGGGCACACAACAAUGCCAUUGCAGAUUGCUGCUUCUCUUUGGAUGGCCAUUAUCUGUGUACAGCAGGGUGGGAUGAAAAUAUCAAAUUAUGGGAUGUCCGUACAGGAGCAUUCCGGUCUCAUGGGCCCAUUACUUUGGAUCCAGGUCACAUCGGCAUUGUUGGCUGCUGUGAUUUUAGCAAAGACGCGUCCUGCGUGGUGUCUGGAGGUUAUGACAAAACCGUCGGUAUCUGGGACAUAGGAGAAGCAUAUCAAAAGAUAUCCUUAAAGGGUCACGCUGAUUGGGUGACAGAUGUGGCCAUUAGCCAGGACAAGAAGCUUGUUGUUUCCUCUUCAAAGGACCAGACAGUGAGAUUAUGGGAUAUUAAAAAUGCCAACGAAAUCCCCAUGGUGAUUCAAGCCGUGAAAACCAAAGGUUCCAAAAUAUGCAAGCCCCUUUUGCGUUUCCCACCAGCAACGCUCUUUCAAAGCCAGGCUUCCCUGCUUAGACACAUGAAGCCGGAUCUGCGGCUGUGCUCAGCAGCCGGCGCCGUGGCUUAG